UCUUCUUUCUCAUUUUGAAAUUUGCCUGUGUUUGAAGAAAGCCUAGCAGAGAAGGAAGACAAAGAGAUCGGACGAAUGGGGCGAGCAAAACUGGACAUGAAGUACCGAGAGAACUCACGAGCCCGCCACGCAACUUAUAUGACGAGAAUGACAGGAUUGAAGAGGAAAGCCUUCAAACUCUCCGUCCUUUGCGGCGACGACGUGCUCGUUGCCUCCUUCUCGUCGGAACUUGACGCCGUCCAAUCCUGGCCAGAGCAGGACUCCGACGAAUUUCGGCGGAUAAAAGAGCGUUAUGUCCAAUUUCGUAGAUCUGAGAUCGGGAGCCAAAACCAUUCAACGCUUUCUCCUUCUUCUCCUCUGACUUCACAUGAAAUGCUGGCUAUGAGGUCUAAACUAACAGAGAUUAGAGCACCGCAGGUACAGAACACCAUUCCUCUAACUCCUUUUCAAGAUGGUUUCUUCCCAACUCCAGCAAGAUCAGACAGCACCGCAG